CUGCUCAGCUCAGUCUUUCUCCGACCCGCUAACGAAGCGAGUGCCUCAACGUCGAAAAGCUAACGCGUUACAUGUGAUUUUAGUGUUCCCGUGUACCAUGGUGACAGUGUUUUUCGUUACGAGUAAUAUAAAUCUGUGACAAUUUUUAAGGGAAGUGACGACAACCGAUCUCUCGCACACCGUAUUUUAUCCGGCGGCGAGAUGUCGGUGAUGCAGAAGCGCCAGCACUGCUACUUAUGUGACUUGCCCCGCAUGCCGUGGGCGAUGUUACAUGAAUUCUCCGAAGCGGUAUGUCGAGGGUGUGUCAAUUAUGAAGGUGCAGAUCGGAUAGAAGUUGUUUUGGAUACGGCGAGACAAUUAAAGCGCGCCCACGGCUUUCAAGAGGGACGUGGUCCCUCGCAUGCCAAGGGUGCUCACCGGGCGCCAUUAGAAGCACAUCAGAAUGGAGCUGAAACAACAGCUCGUGGUCAACCUGCUCCACCAGCUCACCACGCACCGUCUACUGGAUUUACAUUACAUCAUUCGAGACCUGCUACAAAUGCAGGUCUUUUAGCAGAAUACGGUGGUCGAAGGGAAGAACACGAAGGCAGGCGGCUAGCGCAUUUACCGCUGGCUCACCUCCCAACACACGGUGGAGCUCGACUAGCUCCUGGUCUAACUUUAAAAAGGCCCAUUGAAGAUGAUGACCACCAAAGUCACCACGAACCUACAAAAAGGCUCUUAGAAGAGCAUUCUCGGCCACCACUAACUCGUGGUGACUCCUUGCCUGCGGUUUCAUUGGCUGCUCCUUUUGCACCAGACCGCGUUUUCAAGCAAGAAAAACACCCAAUGCGGACACCUUCAUUUGAUGCAUCUUCGUUCAAAACGAAUGGAUAUGCUAACAGCGCACCAAUUACAAAUGGCUCUGCGGGAUCCCCACUUGGACGUACUGCUGGCUCCCCACCAGUAACAGGAGCGGGAGCUGGUCCUUCCCCGAUGGCUGCUCUCAUGUCUGUUACGGACACGCUCCCUCCAGGCUCACCGCGUUCAGCUGGAGGAUCACCUCCCCAGCCGCCGCCACAGCGAUCUGCUAGCCGCUCGAGCCAACACUCGCCCAAUUCAUCAGGGUCGAACGGCGGGCGGCGGUCGUCGGGCUCGCGACAUGUGUCGUCGACGACCUCGGUAUCGUCCACGGAAGCUGGAGAAGGCGCCGAGGCCGCUGCGCCCGCUUCCGCGCCGCUGCUGAAGUGCACGCUCUGCCAGGAGCGCCUCGAAGACACGCACUUCGUACAGUGUCCCAGCCAACCCCACCAUAAAUUCUGCUUCCCCUGCUCCCGGGAUUCUAUCAAGCGACAGCAAGGAUCUGAGGUAUACUGUCCCAGUGGAGAGAAAUGUCCCUUGGCAAAUUCGACAGUCCCUUGGGCCUUCAUGCAAGGCGAAAUCGCCACGAUCCUCGGCGAAGAGUUCAAGCCGAAGAAGGAGCGUGAGACCUAGGGCCGCGCUAUGCAGCCCCGACUGUAUCUCUUGUCCCUCCCGCUGUGAGCAGUGAGCACACGGGAGGCGGUGCCCGCCCGGCAGCUCGGGCGGGCGCGUGGCCCCGGCGGACCGAUCACUUGUAUAUACUUGUAAAUAUGUAGCAGCCCCGGUCGGCGGGUAUGGACCGUAUUCAGCGUAGUGGAGUCGUCGUCGCGGACGCGUUUGGGAUGGGUAGCGUUAAGUGUUUCGUUACGCUAUGAGACAUGCAAUAUUCUGAAUAUAGUACAUAUCCGUUUUCGAAGAUUUUAUGAUUAUUAUCCUGAUACUUUGGAGAACGUCGUUUUCACGAGGGCGAAACGUUUUUCUGAAGUCAUUCUCGACGGGCGUGAGCGGCCCUUACGGACCGCGCUUAUGUUAAUCGGUGGGAUUUCUUCGGAUGCCAUUUUCUUAGUUACCUUUAGGUUCCGAACCAUAGUUGACUUGGCAUUUAUUUAUAUUGUGAUUCUAUACACUAUACGAGUAUUAUGCUAUAUAUGAUCAUGACAUAUUUUGUGUAGUCGAAUACUGACUGUAAAAAUGUAGUUUCUCGGAUAUUCGAAGCGCACCGCGCUCUGUACAGAUAUAUUAGCUCGAUGCAUAUUUGUAUUUAUUACAUUCAGCGCAUGAAAAAUAGUCUUUAUGUUAUAUUACGAAGCGAUUUAAUCAGAGUGGCUCGAGUUCCGUUACUGUGUUUCAUUCGGCGAAAAGAUUCGGCCUGGAAGUGACUGUUUCUUUUGUCGUUGCUAUGAGAUUGGGAAUCAUUCGAAAUUGUAGUUAUUUAUCGUUUAGCUCCUCGGAGCUCUCGUUUGGGUUGUUUCGUAAAGAUAAGUUACGUGAGUGGAGCGGGCCGCGGGCAGUAUGGCGGGAUCGCUCGUACCUAGUCAUUUUGUGAAAUGUCAAAUUGUCACCCGCGAGCACGCGGCCGUUAUAGGAACUCUUAAAACUCGCUGCUAUAUUUGUAUAAAGUGAAGUAAUUAUCAUUAUAUUAUUAUUAUAUAUGUCAUAAUGUUAUACAGUUCGUAGUUGUCAAUUUCGAAGGCUAUCAGACGACGGCCGGCUGGCUUUGAAUUUUGCUUUCGCAUUCUAUGUUGGCAUCGGUUCUGGGUUUAUGAAGCCUCGCGACCGACGCGACCGACGCGACCGACGCGUCACUGAGCCUGGUCUUGGAUUUUCUCGUUUCUCUUUAUCUGUAGUGUCGUAUUUGUUGACGAGACGCCUCGUGUCUUUAAAUACUGCGUAUUUCAGAACAUACAAUCAAAUUGAUAUGUCCAUUAUUUAUUUUAGUGUUUCUUGUACAUAUACGUACGUUGUAUAUACUUUUGUCUACUUGUAAAUAUUUAAGAUAACGUUAUGGUACGGCCGCUGCGCUGUCCGGUCAGUAUUAUUAAGUACCCUCAAAAUUGUAGUUAUUUAUAAACAUCACAUUAUUACGUGCUACGUGCUGAAUAUUAUUCUAUUGAUAUGUAAACAUGUCCGUUAUCACCGUACGGAUCUGUGUGUUUAUGUAUUUACUGUUGUUUUGUAUAUUUCUAUCAGAUUCAUAUCGCAUGCAUUUUUCUCGGGUGCCCGCGUACCUCUUGCUGUGUUUAAGAAGAUACAUAAUAUUUAAUCUUUCUUUUGUACUGUUUGAUACGUUCUUUGAUGUUCUUAAUUAUUGCUUUUGAAAUUGUCAUAACAUGAAUUAACACAUAUGCAAUGGAGUUUUUUUUUUCAAAGUUUUCUGAUAGAUUUCGAAAUUGAUCGCGAUCGAAGGAUCUUGCCCGUAAACGGGCUUGUCGAAAUAAAGUUCGCCAAUAAAUGGCCAAUAAUAAAGAAUUGUAAGCACAAAGUGUGCGUCUUAUUUUAUUUGCCUUUGAAAUGUUAAAUGUAAGACGUGUAAUUAUAAUAGUUGGUUUAGUUCACACCUAGUAGAUGUUACUUUCUCUGAAUAAGAAUUAUAUGUUUUGAUAAUAAAAUAAAUGUUUAACGAUAAUGGAACCCUGUCAAUGCAAGACUAUACUAAUACAUUUUUAAAUAUUUCAAUAGACUUGCAUUUAACAUCUCAAGGAAUAAUAGUCCGCCUUUAUGAAUAGGCUUGUUUGUAGACGGUGAACAAUCACCAGAAAAUAAUAUGAGACUUGUAUCUUUCUUACUGUAAGCAGCAAAUGAAAUGCUUCGAUUAAGACGUUAAUGUACAUGUUGGUGAAAUACAAUUGAUGUGAUUUUGUAAAA